UGUGUCCAAGCUUGUAUCAUGGACUGGAGUGUGAGAUUAACUGCACGUGCCGGAAGGAGAACAAAGAUUGUGAAAUUGCUGAGGUGUGUGGUUAUAUAUGUAAUCCUCUUGUAAGCUUUGGAUGUAAAUCCGAUUUUAUAACAAGAUACCAGAGGCUUCCCAACAUUUUACCUACGUAUAUCGUGGGGUGCGCAACGGGAACCUACGGCCUUGAUUGUUCAAUGAACUGUAGCAGCAAAUGUAACGAUUGUGACGGCGCCACAGGCAGGUGUCCUACAUGUCCAGCCGGUAUGAAGGGAGACUUUUGCGAUCAAGACUGCGAUAUAUAUACCUACGGCCCGGGCUGCGAACUGCCGUGUAGCACGAACUGUACGAACAGAAUAUGUGACGAUCUAGACGGGACAUGUGUGCGGUGCCCUGAAGGACGAUACGGCGCAUUCUGUGAACAUGCGUGUGAAGAACAUUACUACGGCGUGCAGUGUAAUUCAGUGUGUAGCCAGGAUUGUGUAGACCAACUGUGUAGCAUAACGGAUGGCGUUUGUUUAAGCUGCCCACCUGGACGUCAAGGGGACUUCUGCGACAAGGAGUGUGAUGUUCAUUACUUCGGCCAGAACUGUGAGGCUAGGUGUAGCAGUAACUGUAUAGACGAACUGUGUAGCGUAACGGAUGGGGUUUGUUUAAUGUGCCCGCCAGAGCUUUAUGGAGACAAUUGUGACAACGAUGGGGGCGGUAACCAAACGAGUGACAGAUGCACGCUUGAGUGCGGACCAAACAAUUGCGACACGGAAACCGGAAAAUGUAUCUGUCUUCCAGGGAGAAUCGGAGACUUCUGUGAAAAUGAGUGCAGUAACACUACGUUCGGCUUCAAAUGUUUGCGACAGUGCAGCAAAGACUGUCUUUACCAGACCGUCGGCAGCUUGAGGUUGUGUCACCCCCGUCACCGGUGACUGUAUUCUAAGGACAGGCGCUUCUAGGUCACAGGCUUCAGAUGAAGAAGAAAAAUCUGAUCUUGGAAUGUAUUUGCUGUUUGCAGUGCCCAUCAUAAUUAUUCUCAUCGUCAUCAUCAUUAUUUUCCUAUUAAGAAAAAUGAAGCAAAUCCAGACAGAGCCUUACGCUGCUCCAGUUGAAAAGCCCGUGGUGUCGACGUCAGUACCCAUCUCACAGCUAAAGACCCACAUAAUGGGACACAACACGAAUUUUUUUCUCACCCAGUUCAAGUCUAUACCAACUGUGUAUAUAGGUGAAAAAACUGAGAAAAAAGACACGGCGGCCACUUAUGACCAUUCUUUCAUCAGAGUCACACCUUGGCCACCGCAAAGGCCAGCCAAUUUCUUCACCCCUUCAUUUCUGGCGCUAUCAAAAGAAAAACUAAUAGCCACACAAGAUCCGGUUGCUGAGACUACGGUUGGCUUUCUCAAUCUGCUAUGGGACAAAGAAGUUGUAAAAAUUGCCAUGAUUAGCACAGAGAAAACAGAUAAUGAAGACAGCUACUGGUCACAUAAGAAUAAAAAAAUUGAUUGCUAUACACUGAAGACUGUGAAAACAGAAGUUUUUACAGAUUAUACAAUACGCACUUUGGACAUUAUAAAAGACGACAACCCACCACGUCAGUUGACCCACUUCCAGUACACGGCCUGGCCGGAAGACGGGUCUGACCCGUGUUUGUGGAGUUUGGUUGAAUUUGAACACAAGGUUUUCCUCAACACACUGGAAGAAGUCACGCUUGUACACUGCCAGAGUAGUGUUAACAGGAGCUCACUUUUUAUAGCACUGCACGAUUUGAUCCGGCAAGCCAAACUGAACCAUUCGGUGGACUUUGUUGAAACUGUAUCUAGACUCAGACAAGAUAGGCCCAAUAUGGUUGCCAGCUUCGAGCAGUAUAUGUUCCUGCACCACGCCGCGCAGGCUGGCAUCGCCUGUACAGGCAGCUACACACACAUCAGCGCCAUCUUUCUCAAAGUACAUCUCAUGGGGAGCGUUGUCAACGGGAAAACUAAUUUUGAAACUGAAUUCAAAAAUCUGUUUAGUGUGGAAAUUAAGUUUACUGCCGGUGAUGGAGACGUUACUCAAGAUCCCAAAAGUAAAGAUAGAUUCAACAUUAUACCAGAUAAAAAGUACCAGCCUGUUUUACAAGUCGAAUCUCGCGAAGAAACGGCCUAUAUCAAUGCCGUCAUAUUGCCUAGUCUGAUUACUCAGCCUAAACAGUUUCUGACCCAGCUGCCCAUGCCCACUACGGUCAAUGAUUUCUGGAGACUGGUCACACAGUAUAACGUCUCCUUGAUUGUUGCUUUCAAAUCCUAUGAAAAGGACAAGGUAGGUGUGUAG